GCGCUCUCCCUCUGAACGGACUGGAGACACUGUAUGACUGGGGAGCAGACUUCGGCACAACACACCGGCACCACCGCAGCAGGAUAAUCUGACUUUUAACCAGGGCUGUCCAUCCGCACAUCCCGGCUCCACAGAAUGGGGAAUCUGCUGCUCUCCACCGGUCUCUUCAGGAGUGAAACAACCAUGUCUGAACAAGUCACUGGAGCGAGGUUCAUAGCCACGAGGAUCAGCGACGGCAUAACUUAUUAUUACACUCCGUGCUCGGGGUCAGGGGAACGGGCUUCAUGUGCUGCCAAAGACCAUCAAACCUCCACUGCUCUUUGCCACCCCUCCCCCCCACCCCCCCUCAGCGACGACGACUCCUCUGCAGAUCCUUCCUCCUCCUCUGCAGAUCCUUCCUCCUCUCCUUUGCUCUCAGAUUCACCCUCCCCCCCACACCCCUCCCCCCAAAACCAAUCAGACUGUCCACUCUCUUCGCGUCCUCUUCUUCUUUUCUUCUCCUGGCUCGGCGCCCAGCCAGCGGGGAUGGGCAAGUACAGGGACCUCUACCUGGACCGGGGCAUGGACGUCCUCCUGGUCCAGAGCAAAGUAAUGCACUUCCUGUGGCCUCGAUGGGGGCUCGACUACGGGUUGGAGGUGUUGAAGGUCCUGGAGCAGCCUCAGUUCUCCGGAAGGGCGGUGCUGGUCCACGCCUCUUCCAUCGGAGGCUUCACUUUCACCCAGACACUCACCCACAUUGCUCAAAGAGGGAAACAACACACAGACCUGGCCCAGAGGGUGAAGGGGCACAUCUAUGACAGCUUGGUGGUUGGCUCUCUGGAGCACAUGGCGAUAGGUCUUGGCAAGACUCUGUUUCCCCGGAUUGAGAGCUUUGUCAAAAACGCCGCAAUGCUUUACUUCUGGCUCUUCAAAUCACACACAGCAGACUUCUACAACAACGGCAUCCAGGUUUUCCACAACAGCCCAAUAACCACACCAGCCCUCUUCUUCUUCAGUGAAAACGACGCCCUGUGCAACCCGGCUGACGUGGGGAAGUUGAUCGACCACUGGAGGAAGAGGGGCGUGACUGUGGAGAGCAAGAAGUGGAAGGAGUCGAAACAUGCCGCCCACUUGCGAUGCCACCCGGAAGAAUACCUCUCUACACUGGAAAAAUUCUUGAACUCCCUUCCCAUUUCCUCCCUCAAAGCAAAUAUUUAAACCGU